GCUUAAUCUGGUCAUAUGACCAGGCAGCAGGAGCAGGUGGUUCUCGGUCACAUGAUGUUGUUAGCCGAGGCUGAGGAGCAGCAACAUCUGAGCUGAAUCAAAGCCCACAUCACUCCCCUACAUUGAAAGGAGCCUGCAGCUGAAACGCCACCAACCAUCAGGCACAAUGUCAUACGGGUCCAUAGACGGAGGCUCUUUUGGCAGUCGCAACCCAUUUGGAGGUCCGACGAGGCAGGGCUACCAGCCAGUGGCCACACAGGUCAGCCCCUCAGAACUGCAAGAUGUCUUUCAGGAGACCUCCUCCAAUAUCUUCCAGAUCAACGCCAACGUUGUCACACUAGAGAAGAAUCUUCAGUCACUGGGGACAUCUAGAGAUACAGCAGAGCUACGGCAGAGUCUACACUCCAUGCAGCAGCAAACCAACAAAGUCAUCACCAGCACAAGCCAACUCAUCAAACAGCUCUCUGAUAUAAUCAGUGGCUCUUCACGGCAAGACCGUCUGCACCUGACCAGACUAAAGACUGAACUCUCAGAGUCUGUGCAGCGCUAUGGGGAUCUGCAGAAGAAAAUUGCCGAGCGUUCAAGGGCCUUGCUCCCUCCAGCACAGAAAGACAAGAAGAAGAGUCCUCAGACCCCGUCCACUGAGCAGCUGGAGGAGGGUCCACUGUUUGGAGAUACAAUGGCAGUGCCCGAGGCAGAGGCAAUGGCUUUCCUGUCUGAGAUCAGCGAGGAGGACGUGGAGGUGCUUCGCCAAAGAGAGGAGGCCCUAAUGCAGAUCGAAAGAGACAUGCUGGACGUCAGUCAAAUCAUGAAGGAUCUGGCCAGUAUGGUGCAUGAACAAGGCGACGCCAUAGACAGCAUUGAAGAUUACAUCCAGACGACAUCAUCCAAUGUGGAAUCGGCCAAUCAGGAGCUUGCAAAGGCCAACCAAUACCAGAGGCAGCUGAGGAAGAGGAAGUGCUACCUCCUGGUGGCCGGAGCCAUCGUCCUCACCAUCCUCAUCAUCAUCAUUGCUGUUUCAGCGAGAAAAUGAGACCGGCCACUGUGGUAGCUGCUGUCAUUACCGUGUCACCGCGGUGCUCCUGCCCAGUCUGAUCCCUGACCUGAGCAGCUGGUUUCCAGUAGGAGGGAGCUGCCCUGCAACAACAUCUCUACUCCAUCAUCUCUGCCUCUGUUUACAUGUGCAUCAGUCUGGGGAUGGAGGCCUUUCUCAGCAUACCAAUUUGUCCAGAGUGAGCCCCAGUCGGAGCUUCUCAUGUAAUCAUCAUUGUGCUUAUUUUUCUUUUUUUUUUGUCGUUUCUGUUUCCUGUGACUCAAAUGUUAUCAUCAAAUGUGAAUUAAGGGAUUACAUCAGAGGCACAAGCUGGGUUGUUUCCUGUAUCCUGUGGAGGGUUACUGGUGUAUGUCACAGACCUUCAGCUCCUAACUUUUUAUCAGAAAUCCAGAUGAAGGUGGAGCAGGAGUUUCAGGCUGAGCUUGAGCUUUACAGUCUUCACUGAUGUACUGUAUGCUCUGUUUCUUUUAUGUAUUUUUACUGAAAUGGAUUUCAUAUUUAUCAGCUUGUAGUGUAAUUUAAUCAGUAUUAUAUUGUAGCGUUUGUUGAUAUUGGUAAAUAUUGUUUGGCCAAAUAUAUCUUCCCAAAUAAAAGUCUAGGUUCAACAGCAA